AUGGAGUGGUUCUUCGGAAGUCGUUCGUAUACUGCCAGAAACAGAGAGAUCAUGGAUCAACGUCUGAAAGCUCUAUACUUCACAAAUCCAUGCAGGUACAAACCAAAUAUAUUUCGUAGGCGAUACAGAAUGCAACCUUGGGUCUUUAACAGGAUGAUGUGCGAUGUGGCCAACUACGAUCCAUAUUUAGUUCAAAGAAGAGAUGCGAUUGGGAGAGUCGGCCUAUCUACUGAACAAAAACUUACAUGCGCCAUGAGACAACUCGCAUAUGGGGUCACAGCCGACUUCUUUGAUGAUUACAUGGAUAUUGCAAAAUCCAUUGCCAUCGAGAUUUUGGAACACUUUACCAGAGCAAUAUGGAAUGUGUACCAUGAGCAUUACCUCCGCUGA